GGCUUUCUCCGUACAUACACGGCUCAAAGGCGGGGCUUCCGGGCUUCCCCUGCGUAGUGUACUAUGCGCAGGUCUCGGCAUCUUCCGCCAAUCCAUUACUGACAUCACCGCCUCCCUCGCCUUCCGGCCUUGCUUAUGUACUCGAAUUCUCUUCGCCCGCCGCGUCCACGUAUUCUACAACACACACACACCUUAUCACCUGCAGCCAAGAAGGACUGAGGCCGAGACGUAAAAGCAGAAACGUAUUUCAUAUACGCAACGCACCUCUAUCUAGCAUCGACUACUCUACCAAGCGCCCACCCACGCACGCAAUCCCACUCCCACAACCGCCCGCCAGACAGACCGACAGACAGACAGACUACCCACGUUUCGAGCUCUAGCCAUGCCUAUCUUCAACAAUCCCAUACCUUCGAGCUUAGGCAACGAGUGCCGCAAAGCGGCGCGGAUCCUCACGUCCUUCGUCGAUCCGAAACAGUCGUUCGGCCCUGAUAAAAUUAUUCCGCCAUCGAUCCUGGCGAAUGCAAAGGGCCUGGCGAUUAUUUCAGUUGCCAAAGCGGGGUUUCUCUUCUCGGUGAGGGCGGGCUCGGGUUUGGUCAUUGCUAAGAGGCCGGAUGGAACUUGGUCUGCGCCAUCUGCAAUCGGAACUGCCGGCGCUGGAUUGGGAGGACAGCUCGGCGCCGAACUCACGGAUUUCGUCUUUAUAUUGAACGAUAGCAAUGCGGUGAGAACAUUUGCGCAGUCUGGAAGCUUGACCUUGGGAGGCAACGUAUCGGUGGCUGCAGGACCUGUUGGGCGCAAUGUCGAGGCCAGUGGCGCCGCAAGCUUGAGAUCUGUCGCUGGUGUCUUCUCCUACAGCAAAACGAAGGGACUUUUUGCCGGUGUAUCGCUAGAGGGAUCGGUGAUUGUCGAGCGCAAAGACGCCAACACCAAAUUCUAUGGAGGACCGGUUGCCGCACGACAACUACUCUCGGGAACCGUCCAGCCGCCGCCAGAAGCAGAUAUUUUGCUCCGAGUACUCAAUUCGAAAGUGUUCGCUGGUAAUAACACGGGUGGUAACUACGACGACCUGUACGCCGACGUCCCCGUAUGCGAAGACGAUUCCGACCGACAGGAUGACUUCUCAUGGAACAGAGACAACCGGCGGAACCCCGAACGGUCCGAAUUGGUCGGCAAUCCGAGCAGAAACAGAGCGUCGAUGGGAAAUUUCGGUACUACCCAGCAAUCGUCGGCCGCGGCGGUAGGGAGGAAUAGAGCUUCUACAUGGGGUGAUGACCGCGAGUACUGGGAACGCCAUCAGGCUGAUCCGAGCACGACAUUUGACGAUAUCGAGCGCUCAGUCCCGCAGCAGCAGUCCCGCAGCGCUAGGUUCCAGAACCGUGGUAGCACUUACUCGGAUAAUCCCUCAGCGGCCAGAUCGAAGGGUCCGCCACCAGGGCGACCCACUGCCCCUAAGCCAGUUUUUAAGGCCCCGCCGAAGCCUGUACCUGGCGUCGCCAAUCAGGCGGUGGCGUUACACACAUUCGCGGCCACGCAGGACGGAGAUCUGGGCUUCAAGAAGGGCGAUAUCAUAACUAUCGUCAAGCGCACCGACUCCAAAAACGAUUGGUGGACUGGUCGAAUUGGAGAAAAUACUGGAAUAUUUCCCAGCAACUAUGUGGAAGCGUUGUGAUGUGAUGGAAAUGUCUAUGUCUGGUUGAGGUGGGGGACGGUCGAUUAGAAUCGAUUUACAACUCUUCGAUGGCGAUGAGAGUGGAUGUUUUUUUCUUUUUCUUUUGUCUCUUUCUUUUUCUUUUGUCUCUUUCUUUUUCUCUUCCCUUCGGUUGUGGUAUGUUGUGAUAUGGAGCUAGCAGAAGUCGCCGUGAUGGCGAAGGAACCUUGGAGGGCAGAAGGCGGGGUGGCCAGGGCCGCCGGGCGGGUGGAGUUCGGAAAUAGGAGUCAGAUCUGUUGGAACUACCAAAGUUGAUGUGAUUUGCGCU